AUUUUUGUUGUGGUUAAAUCAACCAUUUUGACAGACUUUCCCAUAGCACGCAUGGGACUCGAGGAACCGCUUUGAAAUUCGAGACCCAAGUAGCCUUUGCGUAAUAAAAAAAGUCGACCAUCGGUUUGACGGUCUGACAGUGGUUUAGUUCAACGUGUGCUAACGUAGUGUUAACAUCUCGCCUAAAACAAAAAAAUAAAAACUUCUGGAAAAAACGGGAUAACUUUGAAAACAAAACAAACGCAUUUCUUCAAGACAACGGCAAAUCGUGAAAAACUUCGCCGACAUGGAAUUGCCGUCGAUGGUGGAGCGUUCCGGUAGUCGUCUAGUGGUGCGCAGCCUGGUGAGCGGUGCCACGGUCUAUCAGACCGCAAUGGAGGCCAAAGAAGUCGGUGGCGCGCCAGCUGCAGGGCGUGUCAGUGCGAAUGCCGCCCACCCACUGGUGGGCGCCGAGAUGCUCGAGCGACAGCUUCAAAUGCUCAACAACCGAACGGCCAGCCAGCCGCUGCCGCUGAUCCUGCCACUGGCCAUGCCCAAGACGGUGCUGCCCGGCGAGGAGGAGGGCAAGGAGCCGGCGGCGACGCAUCUGCAGCUGGAGCCAAGGGCCGAGGAGGAGCUGCCGCAGUGCAAGAUUAGGCGCAACUACAGCUGCAAUGCCUGCGCCUUCUUCACGCAGAAUCCGCGCAGCCAUUUGUCGCAUCUGCGCGAUGUGCACGGCGAGAAGAUUGUGAUAAAUGAGUGCAAGCUGUGCCUGUAUGCCUCGCGGCACUUCCAGAAGCUGGUGCGGCACAUGAAGAUGGUGCAUGGCUGCUCGGAUGAUGACAGCACUGGCAUAGCUGGCAGGCGCCACUGCAAUCGGGAGGCGCGCAAGCGUCGCCUCGAGGAGAGCAUCGAAGCGCCCGUUAUCGGGAAUGUGGGUGCUGGUGGUGCCAGUAUUCCCUUUGGUGGUGUUUUGCCAGGUGGUGGAGCCACGCUGCAGGGCGGACCCUCACUUAAGCAGCUGAAGAGCGAGCUGCAACUGCAGGAACAGCAGCUGCUCAGCAAUGUGGAGGCCUUCAAUCGACAGCAACAGCUGCAGCAGCUACAGCAGAUGGUCUCGCGCAGCGGCAACAUAUUCUCGAUGGCCUUCGAGUUUCAGAUGUGCAUGCUGCCGCCCACAACCGGCAUGAAUGUGGCCAGCAGCAGCCGACCGCCGGAGGAGACGGAACGUGAGCCCGAGAACAGCAGCUCCGAUUCGGAGGAGCUGCCGCAGGCGGAUGAAUGCGCCACACCCGAGGCACUCGAUCUCUCCGCCGGCUCUUCGGUCACCCAGUACCAGUGCCAAAAAUGCUCGUACAGCACACCGAUCCGUGCGCGCUUCAAGAAGCAUGUCAAGUACCAUUCCAUGCCGUUGAUCAAGUGCGGCUCGUGUGAUUUUCACUCGCCCUACAAGUGGAAUCUGGACAGGCACACCAAGAACCAUGGCGCCAAUGGCUAUUUCAAAUGCGGCGUCUGCGAUUUCAGCACCAACAUCAAGCAAUCGCUGACCAUACACGAGCUCAAUCACCAUGUGACCAGACGCUCUGCAACACAGGAACAUCAGCACAGCGGGACGCAAGAAUCAACGGAGCCAGCGGAACCAGUACUAGACACCGAGCCCUGUUCCAGUCCGGUGGAGACAACGGGCUCUACUUCGCCGCUGUCGGAGCUGCCGCCCAUCAUUUGCUCCCAUUGCCAGCAACGAGUGCCCAAUGCCAUGGAGCUGGUCAGCCAUUUGCAGCAGUGCGAGCCGGCGUUGCGCAAUACCACGCAGCUGGCCUGCGACAUGGAACUGGCUACGGAUGAGGAUUAUCGCGGCGCUGGCAACGAUCUCAGCUACUGCGGCAUAGAAACGGCGCCCGGCUAUGGCGAGGUUACCGAGCAGCUGCAGCCGGAGGACUCGGACGCACUGAAGAAGGUUUUCAAGUGUCCGCACUGCACAUUUUGGGCGGCCACCGCAUCGCGCUUCCAUGUCCACAUUGUUGGCCAUCUGAAUCGCAAGCCAUUUGAGUGCUCGCUCUGCUCGUAUCGCUCCAACUGGCGCUGGGACAUAACCAAGCAUAUUCGGCUUAAGGCCAUGCGCGACAAGUCGCACAUCCAGGCCCAGGUGCUGAUGAACGAUGAGACGGGCAGACGCAACUAUGCCAAAUACAAUCAAUAUCUGACCCUGAUGAAGGUCAGUGCGGAGCAGGCAGCCGAUGCCAAGACCAUGCGCUGCGGCGAAAUGCAACCGAGCAACGCCGAGCAACAACAGCUUCUUACUGUGCCACCGUUCGAGGAGGAGCACAGCGACGUUCAGCUGGGCCCAGAACCGCACACGGAAUCGUUGGCUGCACUCGAUUUGCGCGUCUCCUGCAAGCCGUACGCGGAGCAAACGUUGGCACCGAACGAUCUGCUCAAUGAGCGCAGUUUUCCGAGGCAAAAACAAAGCAAGAAACAACACGAUGAAAACCAGACGCAGCUAUACAGUAAAUCCAGUAAGCACCCACAGGACUCCGCCAAAAAGGAUCGCUAUCAACACGCCCUCUACGACGUGCGCAACUAAAGCGAGUCUUUUUGCUAUUCCACACAUCUUGGGCAGCUCCAAAAACUGACUACAUGGUUGGCUUGGGAUUACAAUAUAUGGAAUUGUUUUAAAUUCUUAACGACGGACGGACAUUGGAAUUGUUCUGGGUUUAGUUUAUACAACAUUUUAUUUUCUCUCUAUAUAGUUACGUAUUUAUCGUUAUUUUUUCAUACUCCAAUAAACUGCGUUAAAUGUUUCACUUGAAAAUUGAAAUUAAAAUAAUCAGAAAUAAAAGUUAGUUCUUCUAAAGGAAAAA